AUGGCCGCCUCCACCAUGUCUGUCUGCUCUGACGCUUGCACCAACUCCUCCUGGCAGGUGGACGACUGCCCAGAGAGCUGCUGUGAGCCCAGCUGCUGUGCCGCCAGCUGCUGCCAGCCCAGCUGCUGUGUCCCCAGCUGCUGCCAGACCAGCUGCUGUGCCCCCAGCUGCUGCCAGACCAGCUGCUGUGUCCCCAGCUGCUGUGCCCCAGCCUCCUGCCUGACCCUCAUCUGCACCCCAGUGAGCUGUGGGUCCAGCCCCUGCUGCCAAUCUGUCUGUGCUAGCUCCUGUGCACCCUCAUGCUGCCAACAGUCUAGCUGCCAGCCCUCAUGCUGCCAAUCUUCCUGCUGUGUGCCUGUCUGUUGCACACCCAUCUGUUCUGGGUCUUCCUCCUGCUGCCAGCAGUCUAGCUGCCAGCCCUCAUGCUGCACCUCCUCACCUUGUUGUGUGACCCUUUGCUGCAAGCCUGUCUGCUGCACACCCAUCUGCUCUGGAUCCUCCUCAUGCUGCCAGCCAUCCUGCUGUGUGCCUGUCUGCUGCAAGCCUGUCUGCUGCAAGCCCUGCUCCAGCGUGUCCCUGCUCUGCCGCCCUGUGUGCAGACCUGCCUGCUGUGUGCCCAGCUCCUCCUGCUGUGCCUCCUCCUGCCAGCCCAGCUGCUGCAAGCCCUGCUCCAGCAUGUCCCUGCUCUGCCGCCCUGCCUGCUCCAGUCAGGCCUGCUGUGGCCUCUGCUCUGGCCAGAAGUCCAGCUGCUGCUGA